AUGAACCUGCUCAGAGUACUUGUUGUGUUACCGCUUGCAAGCCUUUGCCAUGCUCUUUCAUCUGAUGGACCCAUUUUAGACAAUUUAAAAGGAUCAGAAGUGAAGUAUGCUCGCUUAUUUUGGGAUUACAAUGUGACGGAGGGGUUGAUACCAGGACAUCAAGACAGCGAUUCGGGCGAGGGCGGAGCCGCAGGAACGGGCUACAAGUUCAUGAUUCCUCUUCCGGAGCGUUUGGCAGGCUUAACAUACAUUGGGCACGCAGCUCGGCUUCGGCUCCUUUUGGAGCGGGCGCGCAACGGGGAAAGGCUACGCGUCGGCGCCCUGGGCGGCAGCAUCACUGCCGGUCAUGGCGUCGGUGGCCAAGAUUACUCCUAUGCGCGGUACUUCAUGGACUGGCUGAACUUGGCAUUCCCCCCGGAUAAAAGCACCCGACCCUCCAUUAUGAACGAUACCAGCAAGCAUGACUUCCUCAAUGGCGCUGUACCAGGAACCGUAUCAGAUUACACGAGCAGCUGCCUCUUCAACCAUUUAAUACCCGAAGCCGAUUUGGUGUUUGUGGAGUUUGCGAUCAACGAUUCGCCCAUCUCUACGUGGACCCUUGACGGUGCCAUUGCUCGUCGGCCGUUUGAGCGAUUGCUGCGCAAGCUGCUGCGGCUGCCAAGCAAGCCGGCGGUGGUGCUGGUCAACAUGUACGCCGUCGCACCGGCUUCCAACACAUACCACCACACGGCAGAGCGAGAUUUUGGGGAGCUGGCGCCCUACUACAGCCUGCCCUCGGUGAGCCUCAAAGCUGCGGUGCUGCCAUCCGGCCUGGUGAAGGGCGCGGAGGAGGUGUCGCCGGGCGCCAUAUUCAACGGCGGUGCGAUGCACCCGGGCCGUGGCGGCCACGUGGUGGUUACGGAGAUGCUCAUUACGUUAUUCUUGGAGAUGUUGCGGCGCAACAGCCUGAUUGGUACCAGCCCCGAGGAGCUGUCCAUCAGCGAGCUGAAGUCGGUGGCCGCCCGGCCCCUGCCGCCCCCCGUGUGCGAGGGCAACUACGAGUCCUCCAUCGACACGUGCUACAUCGAGGACCAGCUGCAGCGGCUGGUGCAGCAGCCAGUGGUGGGCUGGAACUGGACGGAUGAGGGACGCGGCAAGUGGGGCUUCGUGUCGUUAAAGAAGGGCGAUGAGCUGCAGCUCAAGAUCAACACGCGGUUGGAGGGCAAGAGGAGUGCAACGGACUCCUCCGCGCUCAUCCUUUUGCAGGUGGCUUACCUGAAGAGCUAUCGCGGCAUGGGCACCGCUCAGGUGUCGUGUACGUCGGGCUGCUCGUGUGAACCCCUGAUCAUCGACGCGUUCGACCGCCGCCCUGUGUCUGUGACAAGCAUGGCGGACAUUCAGGUCUCACAGUCCAGCAAGUGCAUCCUGGCCAUCACGUCUAUGGGACCAAGCAGCGCAGCGGCAGGAAAGAGCUCCAAAACCGUUACUAACGGCUACAAAUUCAAGCUGAUGGGUGUCGUGGUGGGUGAGGAGCCAGGUGCUACCUCAGGCAAUUUCGACCACGUGCGUAUGGUUCUGAUUUGCCACCCGGGGCAGCGGCAGCUCCUAGCUGCCUCUGCGCUGCGCUGUGCUGUGCGGGGCGCUGUGCUGUGCUGUGUGUGCCAGUGGUGGUUGCGUCGCCUCCCCCCAAGCAGCAUGCUGUCGAUUUGUGUCGAGGAUCUCGACAAUCUCGGUCCUUUGGACCCCUCGCGGGAGGUGCACUGGUUCUAA